AUGACAUUGAGAAAACCUUUGAUUUCUUCAACAGAAGAGCUUGUUAAAAAGGAUUUUCUGUUUUACAUGUACCCAACGGCACAUAAUGUAUUAGAACUUGACAUCCUUAAAGGACGCACAAAAACCACUGAUCCAAAUGGUAUAAGAGAUUUGUAUAAUGAAUCAACAGAUCCUAGUUUCAAGGGAGCUUUAUUGUCUUCUGAAGCUCAUUUAGCUUUUAGAAAUAUUGAAGCUUCACCGAGAAAAUAUUUUUACAGCACAAAAGAUCCAAUUAUGACACAAAAUAUCGCAAUUUAUAUGCACAAGGAAUCAUGUUUCUCGGAUCAAAUAAAUCUGAUACUGAAAGGCAUAAUUAAUGGCGGAUUCUUCAACAAAUGGGUGAAGCAAUAUACAGACACGGAUGCUUUGAAGCAUAAAGCUACUAAUGGACAUCGUCCGAUUAAUUUUGAUCAAUUGUCAGGGGCUUUUGAAAUCCUUGGCUUUUUAAUGUUUAUAAGCUUAGCUGUUUUCCUGAUUGAAGUUAUUCUCAAAAAAAUCAAAGCACAAAAGAAUAAGUGA